CAGCACGUUUAAAGGAGGAAGAUGCCAAUUGUCAAAAACGUAAGCAGAGCUGUCAGCCAGCUGCUACAGAGCUCUGGUUGUGGAUGCGGGAUUUCCGUUGUGCCUGUUCGAUGCAUUGGAGUCUCACCCCGCCAGGUGGCCUCCGACGCUAGCUUUCACUCCGUCUCUUUUUCCGAGUCCGAUCAUCCUCGGGUGCUAAUUACAGGUGGUCUUGGCCAGCUUGGAGUGGGACUUGCUAAGCUUCUGAGGAAACGCUUUGGAAAGAACAACGUGAUCUUGUCUGACAUUAGAAAGCCUGCAGAUAAUGUUUUUUAUAGUGGUCCUUUUAUCUACGCGGAUAUCUUGGACUACAAGAAUUUACGUGAGAUAGUGGUGAAUAAUCGGAUAUCUUGGCUCUUCCACUAUAGCGCUUUGCUCAGUGCUGUUGGAGAAGCAAAUGUCCCUUUGGCCAGAGCUGUAAAUAUUACUGGUUUACACAAUGUUCUGGAUAUUGCAUCUGAGCAUAACUUGAGACUCUUUGUUCCAAGCACUAUUGGAGCCUUUGGACCCACCUCUCCUCGAGAUCCAACUCCUGACCUCUGCAUUCAGAGACCAAGGACAAUCUAUGGAGUCUCCAAGGUUCACGCUGAGCUCAUGGGAGAAUACUAUCAUUACCGGUAUGGCCUAGACUUCCGCUGCCUGAGGUAUCCAGGAAUUAUAUCCGCUGACUCUCAGCCUGGUGGGGGAACAACUGAUUAUGCUGUCCAGAUUUUCCAUGAUGCCAUGAAGACCGGCAAAUUUCAAUGCAACCUAAAGCCAGACACCCGUCUCCCUAUGAUGUAUAUUGAUGACUGUCUGAGAGCGACUCUAGAGGUCAUGGAGGCCCCCGCAGAGGCACUGAGCAUGAGGACGUACAACAUCAGUGCCAUGAGCUUCACUCCCGAAGAGCUGGCGCAAGAGGUGCAGAAGCAUGUUCCUGAACUCCAGGUGACCUACAGCGUGGAUGAAGUCAGGCAGGCCAUAGCUGACAGCUGGCCAAUGAACUUUGAUGACAGGAAUAAUUGAGGUUGGAAACACGAUUAUGAUCUCCCUGAGUUGGUGACUACAAUGUUCAGCUUCCUUGGGUCUGACUCCAGGAUUGCUCAAGCUAACUGA